CAGAUAUAUAUAAGACAAAGAUAUAUCAUCCAUAUAUUUCAGUCAAAUUAAUCAUUAUUAAUCCUAAAUAUAUAGAGCAGCUUUUCAUUCCCAUAUAUGGAUACCAAUAGUGAUGUGGUUACCAUCGUACGUUCUUAUGAGGAUUUCAUGCCUUAUUGCAAGCUCCAAAAAGAAGAACUACGUGACACUUACCAGAUUCCUCUCCAUGGUUUCAAGAUUGAACAAUUCAAGGUCUGUGUUAACGACAAGAAAGGAACGAUAAAGAUUGAAGGUGAACGUCCUGUGGAUGGAAAUAGAUGGAGCCGCUUCCGCCAAAGUUUCAAAGCUUCUCCUGAUGUUUAUAGAGUCAAGGAUAUUUCUGCAAGGUUUCAGAAUGGUGUUCUUUCUCUAAUAUUACCAAAAACCAAACCUUCAAAUGAUCACACAUCUAAUCGAUUUCCGUUUGCGAAUACGAGUUUGCUUCUGAGGAUUGCACCAGCUCUUGUUGUGAUGGUCGCUGUUGGAGGUUAUGGAAUCUUCAAAUAUUUCACAUCUAUGCAUGUUAUAGGGAGCUGACUCUUGUAUUGUACGUAUGCAUGGAUUUAACUUAUACAUAUAGUUAAUUAUGUUCAUGAAUAUCUGGAAAUGGGAGCUUUUUACACGAUAAAAUGAAACUUUAUACACGGACAUGCACAGGCACUCUCUAGCAAGAAAAUAACAUAUCUAUUAACUUGGUGUUGGUUAUUACAAUAAUACGACAAUUUGUGAAU